AUGGCUUCUGCGGGUUGGCAUGCUGCAUUGGGAUUCUCGAGACGACUAUCUGCUGUCACAAAAAUGCAAAAGUCCAACCCCGCAGCCUCGGCAGCAGACGCUCGUCGGGAAGCGACGUUACUAGAAACUAAAAUCUACGACGAGGCACAAUCGACUGAAGACUACGAGCGAAUUUGUGAGGAGAGGAUAGCGAGCUUCAAACCGCCCGCGCUAGAGUUCCCUACCUCAGAAGACGAAGAUUACGUGCCGACGCCGACCGGACUGGAUAUCGGCCGGUACAAGGACGCCGUCUACUACCGAGAAGGGCUGUUCUCGGCGAUCUACAAGGCUGCCGCUCCAGAAGAUGAAGGCUACUUUCCUCCAGAAACCCCACCAAAAAAGAGGCUGGUCGCCCUCAAAGUGACUACCCCUUCCAUGAUGGAACCUCCUCACGAUUCCAAACGAGAAGCUAGGAUCCUAGGUAUCUCAGCAUCUGACCAUGUGAUACCGCUUUUUGAAAGCUUCCGCGAGGCUGGCACUCGAUUUGUUCUUGUCUUGCCUUUCAUGCCACACGACUUCAACCAGCUAUUGCAGGAUGACAGGCUAUCACAGGGGCAGAUCAAGCACUGCCUGAGAGACAUGUUCUCGGCGCUGGCCUUCGUACAUAAAAAAGGAAUCAUCCACAGAGACGUCAAACCAUCCAACAUCUUACUGAAAUCGCUGGACGGACCGGCCUAUUUGUCAGACUUCGGCAUCGCGUGGGCUCCAGAUGCCAUCGGUUCGGAAGCGGCAGAUUCUAAGAUCACGGAUGUCGGUACCACCUGCUACAGACCGCCGGAGCUUCUUUUCGGCAAUAAGCGAUAUGGAUGCAGCCUCGAUCUCUGGGCCGCUGGUUGCACCGUUGCCGAGGCUCUGGUGCCCGAACAUCCGACUUUGUUCGACUCCGGCGAGCUUGGGAGUGAUCUUGCGUUGAUACAGAGCAUGUUCAAGAAAUUGGGAACGCCGAAUUUAACAGUCUGGCCUGAAGCAGAGAGUCUUCCGGACUGGGGGAAGGUGCAAUUCCACGAAUAUCCCGCGCAGUCGUGGUCAGCCCUACUCCCUAGUGUUUCCGACGUUGAGCAAGAACUUGUCAGCAAGUUGGUCCGAUAUGAAAGCGGGGAAAGGAUGACGGCAUCUCAGGCGCUGGAUCAUCCAUACUUUGCGCAAUGAGCCCAAGGCUAUCGGCAUUCCUUUUUCGGGUCAUAUCGGUUGCUAAUAGAAGCUGUAAGUAUCCAAGUGAGCUCCAAGAGAUCAUAACAUGACGCUUGCGCGACAUCUGUUGGCGUGCUGGUAACUCGGCCGCGAGUGGGUCUGAUCUCAGCCUCACGACGUCUCCGAAACUCUUCCGGAUGACCUCAUCAAACCUGACUUUUGCUGGCGCAAAGAUGUGCAUAUAGCAGUCUGAUGGAGUCCCAAAGAUAGCAUAAUAGAACAUUGCGCAGCCGUUCAA